UGCGAGGCCGGGCUCGGGCUCGGGGGCGGGAGCGCCGCCUCCCUUUCCGCGCUGGCUGGCUCUCGCCCUCCCUCCCCGCCCCAAGCCCUCUCCCGCCUCAGCUGUGCAGGCUCCGCACUGCAGAUGCCCGCCCGCCUCCCCAAGCUCGGCGGCUCCCGCGGUGCCUCGCUGGCCCCCGCGAUCCCCGAGAGCCGUGUGAGCUCUUGCUGCGCCGCGGGGACCCUCGCCUGCCCGGACGCGCAGAGUCCUGCGCGCAAAGCCACUCCGCCCGCGGGUCAGCGGGGACCGAAGCCCGGGUCGCCCUCGGAUGCGGCAGGACAAGCUGACCGGUUCCCUGAAGCGCGGGGGGAGAUGUCUGAAGCGGCAAGGCGGCGGCGGCGGCGGCGGCGGCGGCGUGGGCACCAUCCUGAGCAAUGUCCUCAAGAAGCGCAGCUGCAUCUCGCGGACCGCACCCCGGCUGCUCUGCACUCUGGAGCCGGGUGUUGAUACAAAAUUGAAGUUCACUCUUGAGCCAUCAUUAGGUCAAAAUGGUUUUCAGCAGUGGUAUGAUGCUCUCAAGGCAGUUGCCAGACUAUCAACAGGGAUACCAAAGGAAUGGAGGCGAAAGGUUUGGUUGACUUUGGCAGAUCAUUAUUUGCACAGUAUAGCCAUUGACUGGGACAAAACCAUGCGUUUCACUUUCAAUGAGAGGAGUAAUCCUGAUGAUGAUUCGAUGGGGAUUCAGAUAGUCAAGGACCUUCAUCGGACAGGGUGUAGUUCUUACUGUGGCCAGGAAGCUGAGCAGGACAGAGUUGUGUUGAAGCGAGUGCUGCUGGCCUAUGCUCGGUGGAACAAGAAUGUUGGGUACUGCCAGGGCUUUAACAUCCUGGCCGCACUAAUUCUGGAAGUGAUGGAGGGCAAUGAAGGGGAUGCACUGAAAAUUAUGAUUUACCUGAUUGAUAAGGUACUUCCUGAAAGCUAUUUUGUCAAUAACCUUCGAGCAUUGUCUGUGGAUAUGGCUGUCUUCAGAGAUCUCUUGAGAAUGAAGCUCCCUGAAUUAUCUCAGCACCUGGAUAUUCUUCAGAGAACUGCAAACAAAGAAAGUGGAGGUGGAUAUGAACCCCCACUUACGAAUGUCUUCACCAUGCAGUGGUUUCUGACUCUCUUUGCGACAUGUCUCCCGAAUCACACAGUAUUGAAGAUCUGGGAUUCAGUCUUCUUUGAAGGUUCAGAAAUCAUCCUAAGAGUGUCUCUGGCCAUCUGGGCAAAGUUGGGAGAACAGAUAGAAUGUUGUGAAACAGCAGAUGAAUUCUAUAGCACUAUGGGGCGCCUUACCCAGGAGAUGCUGGAGAAUGACCUUCUACAAAGCCAUGAACUCAUGCAGACUGUGUAUGCUAUGGCGCCAUUCCCUUUUCCACAAUUGGCAGAGUUGAGGGAAAAGUACACCUACAACAUUACACCAUUUCCAGCCACUGUGAAACCCACUUCAGUUUCUGGACGACACGGUAAGGUUGGAGAUAGUGAUGAGGAGAAUGACCCAGAUGAUGAAGAUGCCAUUGCUAAUACAGUGGGGUGUCUUGGACCUUUCAGUGGGCUCCUGGUGCCUGAACUUCAGAAGUACCAAAAGCAGAUUAAAGAGGCCAGUGAAGACCAGAGUCUGAGGUCCAACAACAUUGCAGAGUUGAGUCCAGGAGCCAUCAAUUCCUAUCGAAGUGAAUACCACGCGGCAUUCAACAGCAUGAUGAUGGAACGCAUGACCACAGACAUCAAUGCCUUGAAGCGGCAGUACUCUCGAAUUAAAAAGAAGCAGCAGCAGCAGGUCCAUCAGGUGUACAUCAGGGCAGGCUUUAAAGAAGAAAAAAACCAUGGGUUCCUUAUAGGGCCCAAGGACCAAUCAACCAAUGACAAAGGGCCAGUGACCAGCAUUCUCCCAUCUCAGGUAAACAAUUCUCCAGUUAUAAAUCACCUUCUUUUAGGGAAGAAGAUGAAGAUGACGAGCAGAGCUGCCAAAAACGCAGUCAUCCACAUACCUGGCCAUGCAGGAGGCAAAGCAUCUCCUGUCCACUAUGAAGACCUUAAAACAAAGCUCAACUCUCCAUGGCGAACUCACAUCCGAGUUCACAAAAAGAACCUGCCAAGGACCAAGAGCCAUCUGGGCUGUGGUGACACCAUAGGGCUGAUAGAGGAGCAAAAUGAGGGCUGUAAGACCAACAGCCUGGGGACAGGGGAGGACUUCUCCAGUUGUUCAGUCGCUACAGCUGAAACAGAAGGCAGCAACUCUGAAGGUGGCACCAUGAGGACAAUUGAAGGCCAGUCCCCAGAGCCAGUGUUUGGGGAUGCUGAUGUUGAUGCGUCUACAGUUCAGGUGAAGUUAGAAGCCUUGGAACUGAACCAAGGGGAUGCUCCUGCUGAAACUGAACCCAAGGCACACCUGCUGUGCCAGCAGAAUGUGCCAGAGCCACACAGUGCCCUUGGAGAAAAUAAAGCUACCAGCAAACCUCCCCAGGGCAGCCACUCAAAAACACCCAUCUUUAGUCCAUUUCCUAGUGUCAAACCACUUCGGAAAUCAGUCACCGCCAGGAAUUUGGGAUUAUAUGGUCCUACAGAAAGAACCCCAACCGUGCACUUUCCUCAGAUGAGCAGGAGCUUCAACAAAUCCAGCAGUGGGAACAGUGGCACUAAGAAACGAUGAUGUCUCCGAUCAACUUUGUGUCUGGACUCACCUCGGCAUAAUGACACGGGAGUUCCAGUGACACCCUCCCAGUUUUAUUUGUCUAAUGAAAAUGAAUAGCAGUUCAGAGAUAAGCAACAGAAGCCCUUUGCAAUGGGAAUUGGAAGUUUUAUAUUGGGAGCUAGAAUAGGGAUGUUUUCACAUCCACCUGAUAAAAUGGAUUCUUGGAUUCUUUUUUUUUUCCCCAGGAAAAAUAAAUAUUGUGGUUUUCAAGUGUGGGGUUUUCCCAAUUUUUCCUUGUGAACUAUUUAGAAAAGACUAUCUAGACUGUCAUGUCUUCUGUCCUGUUCUGAGCGCCUUUCAGAGUCCCUGUAACACCUCCCAAAUCUUCAAGUUCUCUGGGUGUUACUACUACUUAGCAUGCAUACACCAGCUUGUUAGAACAGAAACUGUAAAAAGAAAGUAAGUUUUAGGUGCAAAAAAUUCCUGAUUUUACUCUUCCUGCCCUGUUGGUUGGGGGAUUGUUUGUGUGUGUGAAUUCUCUCUCAGUACCUAUCACCAAAUUGAUUUUUAUUCCUAUGCUAAAAUGUAGGCGAAAAAUUAAGAUGGUUUUUUAAAAAAACUUUCUAUUUCUACCUGUGAAAUGAAGAAGACCUUUCAACUGUUGAAAUUUAGGUUAAUAACCAAAUUGAAGAUCAUACGCAGAGAGCAUAAAUGGGAUAUGUGUUAAAUAUUUGCCCUGGACUGCUUGCUAAUUCCACUAAGCUUUUCUCGGAGUUCGUUUUCUUCUCUCAAGGGGAACAUUGGUUCUCAGUGGUACAGAUGACUUGAUGGCUCUGCAUAGAGCUUGUCUUCUGUCCUCAACCACGCAGCUCAUUUACCCACUGCUUUCUAUGGCAGAUGCACCAGACUCUGCUCAAAAGCCAGAACAUGGCACCUGUGCCUCUGCUACUUGAAUUUUGAGCUUUUUUGAUUGGAUUACUUUGUUACUUGAACACUGCCUUUUUCUGGAGAAGGCCCUGUGCUUUCUAGCUCUCUCUCACCCACUCUAUUCCUGCCCUGGUCCCAGUGGGUCAGAGAUAGCACCUCUUGUCUCCACUAUGCAGUUGGGAAUUCUGAGCCACACAGAGGUGAAGUAGCACUUGAAUCACUCAAGGUAAAUACUCCUGGUAUUCCAUGUGAUUUAGCCAAAUUUCCUCCAGUGCAAUAGCCGAGUUUAUUGCUCUUUGUACACAGAUGCAUUGGCUACAGAGUUUGUACAAACCAAGACUGGGAAGCCAUUCACCACAAUCCCCCUCCCCUCCCAGUUUCAAAAGACCUUUCUCCAUAUGGUACAGAAUCCUACGACAGCAUUUCACAAAACCAGCUUUGACCUCCUUAUUCUGCAAAGGUAGUUCACUUUAAAAUUGCUUCAUGCACUUGUCAUUUGGCAGAACAAAAGGCUCACUCUUCAAUCCUCUUCUUCCCACCAUCAUUGGAAUAGAUUCACAUCCUUAUCAUCAUCGCUGGGAGACCUUGGCAAUGCUCACAGCAAUAUUGUCAGUGCAGUCAAUAUUAAUUUGAACUAGCUAAUUUUUAAAUUUUGAAGCCAAAGCUAUAGUUUUAGAAGGGACUUUUACUAUGAGAGACAGCCAUUUUUAAAAUAAUAAAAUAGAAUGUGGUUGUGUGGGCUUUUUUGAACAGAAAACAUGAGAAUGACAUAUAUAGUGAGAAAAGCUUAUCCUCUUGGUGGUAGUUUUACCCCCAGAGGAACUGAACGGGAAAAGUAUGACUGAUAAAUCAUUGCAGUUUUGGCCUCGAGUUCUGCACUGUCUGAAGUUAGCAUGCAGCUUCUCAAUGAGCAGCUACAUCCACAGCCUGCUUUUGGGAAGGGUGUGGGAGGGCGAGUUGGGCUCACUUUUCAUACCACCCCCACAAGAUGAGGUCCACUGAAUUUCUCAAGGCUAAGAAAAUGACAUGAUUUUCUUCCAUCUGCUAAACUUUAAGAUAAGAAUGAGUCCACCUCGUAAUUGCACCCCUCAUCCCAUCCUAAACUAGUCAGACUGAUCAUGUUCCCCUGGAGGGAUAUCUGGCUCGAAUAGAGUUUUGUUCUUUCCUCCCUGGAGGCAGCUCACUGGCUCCCUGAGGAACUGAGCCUGGGAGGUGGAUAAUGAGAUGGAGCUGUCUGCUGGCUGUCUCAGUGUUGGCACCACAUCCUGCGACCUACCAGUGUUUCUUCUUGCCUGUUUCCCAGGGUAGGGCUUCCUGAGAAAGGAAUGGAUGAGAUGGCAUGUGGUUUAGAAUAAGUACGGGUUGAAUGAUUGAACAACUGAAAAGAUGAUAGUCCUUUGCAGAUAAAAAUGACCUUGUCAGAAUUUUAAAACUCCAGCUAAUUCCUGUACCAGUAACACAUGCAUGCAUUGUACCAAGUAAUCUGUAAAUCAAUCAAAUUUUGAGCCUUGCCUACUUUACAAAAUAAAGACAUGUGAGUAGCCUCUACCACACAGCAUGUGCAAAGACCAGUAUGGACCUGCUAUCUUCCCUGUGUAUUGGAUACUGUAUGCAAACACCAGAAGUACUUAACAAGUAGCAGUAUAUUACUAGAUAUGUCUGUACUCUCUUAGCACUUUUUGGAGAGUCAACUCUGCACCUCUGUCCUCUUUUAAAAGCCUCUAGAUCUAAGCCUAGUUUGUAAUGUUGACCAAUGGGGUGUAACUGUUUGGAACAUUGCAUUCCCUUUUUUUGGUGUGUGUGUGUCAUUGUUUUGAAGAAUUGUACUGAUUACAAAGAUAUAUGCAUAAAGA